AUGGUGCAGCCGCUUGUCCGCCGCAAGAAGGAGGUCAAGAAGCGGAAGCACUUUGACCGCCACCAGAGCGACCGCAAGCUCUGCGUCAAGCCCAGCUGGAGGCGGCCGAAGGGUAUCGAUGGCCGCGUGCGCAGGAAGUUCAAGGGCGCCAUCCGCAUGCCCAACGCGGGCUAUGGCACCAACAAGAAGGACCUGCACGUGCUCAAGAGCGGCUUCCGCAAGGUGGUGAUCAGCAACGUGGCGGACCUGGAGCUGCUCAUGAUGCACAACAGGCGCUUUGCGGGCGAAGUCGCGCACAACGUGAGCACCCGCAAGCGCAAGGAGAUUGUGGAGCGCGCGGCGCAGCUCAACAUCGCCCUCACCAACGGGAGCGCCCGCCUGCGCAGCCAGGAGGACGAGUAA